UCUGGCCCCAGUUCGUUUCCUGACUCGGUGAACCUGACAGCCACCGACCGUGCAGACGAGGACCAAAGACCGUUGGGGGUUGCAGUCAUGUCGGCAGCUGCUCCGGGGACCAGCAAGACGGGACACAGCGAUGUGGUCCAGAAGAAGAAGAAGGGACCCGGUGCCCUGGCCACGGCUUACCUGGUCAUUUAUAACGUUGUUAUGACAGCGGGGUGGCUGGUGAUAGCUGUGGGUCUGGUCAGAGCUUACCUGGCCAGAGGAAGCUACCAUGGGCUUUACUACUCCAUAGAGAAGCCCCUGAAGUUCUUUCAAACCGGAGCUUUGCUGGAGAUUCUACACUGUGCUGUCGGGAUCGUACCGUCCUCUGUAGUCCUGACUGGAUUCCAGGUCAUGUCCAGAGUAUUUCUCACCUGGGCCGUCACACACAGCGUCAGGGAGGUGCAGAGCGAGGACAGCGUGCUGCUGUUUGUCACAGCCUGGACCGUCACAGAGAUCAUCCGCUACUCCUUCUACACCUUCAGCCUGCUCAACCACCUGCCAUACCUCAUCAAAUGGGCAAGGUACACCUUUUUUUUCGCGCUGUAUCCCAUGGGGGUGACCGGGGAACUGCUGACCAUCUAUGCAGCGCUGCCGUUCGUGCAGAAGACGGGCCUGUACUCCAUCACUCUACCCAACAAGUACAACUUCUCCUUCGACUACUACACCUUCCUCAUCCUCACAAUGAUCUCCUACAUUCCCCUGUUCCCCCAGCUUUACUUCCACAUGAUACGGCAGAGGAAGAAGGUGCUGGGCCACGUAGACGACUACAGCAAAGUGGAGUGAGCAAAUCAGCUUCGAGACGGAUCUGAUGGAGGGAAAAGAAAAACCAAAACAAACAACAGAAGAGGAUCGAGAAGAAAAAAAAAAACACAUCUGCUUAUAUCUCAGCCAAUUCUCAAACUGCCAGAACUGAACCUAGCAGAAGAUCCAAUUAUCAAGCAACUUUUUUUUCUUUCUUUUUUUUCUCAAAAACUGUUGUCCGGGUUCAAGAACAAACGGGUGUUAUUUUAUGUCGUUGUUGUUUUUAUUUAUGAACAAACUUUCUUAGUGUAGUCAGAGAGGCUGAACCUGUAAAGAGCCGCUGUCUGAGCAGUGAGCAGAAUUGAACCAUGCACUGAUAGCAUAACCUCUGAUUAAAACAUCCUCAUAGAGAACUCCUGAUAGAUCUGUCACCUUUUCAUGCCUCCUCUUUUUUUUUUUUUUUAACCAGCAGCUUUGGUUUAAUUUAAUGUAGAAAGAAACAUGACUGGACCAGGACUGAGACGAGGUUGUCUGUAGGUUUAGCACCUACUUUGUGUUUGUAGUUUCUUUUUUUGUCUUCAUUCAUUACAGACCACAGUUUGAUUACAUUCCUACUUAAGUUCAAUAAACAUUUUUUUUCUUGUCUGCA